GUGAGUGAUGUAAUGCCGAGCUCUGCAUCCCGCGCGCCGCUACACACAGGCUCGUAGAGUUUUCCUUGAGCUUGCGGCUACAUGGUGAGAAUGGCAGCGAAGUUUUGAGAGUGCAUGUGCUCAGCUGUCGCCGCCCCGCGGGUGCAGAUGCGGCGCUCCCUGGAGCUGCUGUAGCGCUUGUCCGCGCCGCUGGAUGGCGCAGUUCAGGACGCCGCGCGCUCAGCCGCCAUCAUGGUAUACAUUUCUGCCGCUGAUAUGUCCGUCAGAAAAGAAGUCCAAGGUCCUGCAAAGACUGUAUCCUGCAGCCCAAGAGCAGAGUAUGCUGCAACCUGCUGCCCAGGAGCGGAGCAUACUUGCACCUGUGCCACCUGUAAAAAGACCUCAGUCCAUCCCACUCAAGAAGUCAGAUAAUGAGAAGAGUACAGCUGUACAAGGCAAAAAGCUCUACACUGUUCUUCCUCCUCCUGAAGGCUACCUCAUUAAUAGUGGGGAGGAUUUGGUCGCACCAUCCAAUCCAGAUCCCACUGACUCAGAGGAGAGCCCAGCUGAUACUGAUGGCCAUGAGUUACGUAAGAAGAGGAAAAGGAGGAGAAAGAAAAAAGUGUUGCCCAAUACCACAGAGGAAGUAUCCACCCCUCCAGAAGAGGGCGCUUUACUGGGCCAGACAGAUGCUGCACAUCCCAGUGAUGAAGGGGACACUGGAAGCUCAGUCAGCACAGAGCAGCUCAGCAAGAACAGAAAGAGGAAGAUGAAGAAAAAACGUCACAAAGAGAAAGUCCUCGCUCUUGGAUUAGUGCCUCGAGCAAGAGCUGUUGAAUUCAUGUACGCACAGAGUGGAGAUGGAAAUUCAGAGAAGGUGCUCGACUUCCUUCGUACCACACAGGAGAUCUACCUCUCUGAUUUCAAAUCCUCUGGUUCCUGUGUAGAAAGCAGCCCUUCUCUUUCCCUCAUUGCAGCGGAGUCUCUGUUCUCUCGUCUCUCAGGCAGGACGCUGCCCCCUACUGAGAUCUCUAAGCUAUGUGGACUUAGGGCUGUACUGGUGAAGAAUGAAAGCCAGUUAAAAUCACAGCUGCAAGAAUUCAGACACACAAGCACAUUACCUGCAGUCAGAUUAGACCUUAACAAGAUGAUCAGUGUUUUCCUGAGGAGCUACAAGCACCCAGCAGAUUCAGGACGUUCCGCACAGGUGUCCAUGGUGACUCCUAAACAUAGCCUCCGUCUCCACGACAACCACAGGUUCAUUUCACCCAUGAGGUUUCGGUAGUCUGCACACUUAUUGAGUAUUGGCUGGCAGAGAUUAUGCCCAUGCAGAGACAGCAGAGGACAUGACGCCCCCAGAUUCAGCACCUGAGAGGAAAAAGACUCUGAAUAACCAGCAGGUCUCUGAUUGUAACAUCUCAUUAUGAAAGAGAUCUUCAGUCAUGCUGCUUUAUAGUCAAGGAUUUCAAGAAACUCAGGAUCAGUCAGCUUCAGCAACAAUUUGGAUUCCUUUUGAAGCCCCAGAAUGAUGUACUCUAGUUUAUCUUGUCUUCACAUUAAUAAUUACUUAAGAAAAAUAUAUUUUUACAUAUUCUUUCUUCAUACGGCACCGGUACACUACCAGAGAUGUUCCAGAAAGUAUAUUAUAAACACUAAAGUAUUGUUAUUGACCCUGACUGGAUCAGCGGUCUUCCUCAGCUCAUUAUGAGGAGUCUGUGAUUUAGCCUCUUAGUGGCUAAUUAUCUUAACAUCAGAACGUCAGAAGAUCCUCGCUGAUCUCACAGCCUGUUUGGAUCAUGACAUUUAAGCUUUUACGCACUAGACUGCUCGUUAACAUCAUUUACCCAAACCAGUGCCUCAUUUACAUUUUCUUUUUCUGUUCAAUGAGCUACUUUGGGCCAUCAAUGUGACAAGCCACUGUGACCAUCAGUGUGACUAGAAAAAUAUAUUUGUUAAAGAUAUUUAUUAAAGUUUUAAUUAAAUUUGUGAAAGAAAAACAGAUGUGUGCUUGUUUUCAGUGAUUGUUUGAUAUACCUACCUGCAGUGUAAUACAUACUAUGAUCCAUUUAAACUGAUUCAAUGGCUUAUCCAUGACGUCAAGGAAGAAUGACUUUAGCUAUACAAGCAUCUCUAGACUGCACCAUGUGUGUUUAUGCUAAUCUGCGACACAAGGCAACCCAAAACAUAGACUUGGAUAUCAUUAUAGGAUCACAUGGAUCUGGGUUGGCCCAGACAGAGAAUAAUUUUUUAUUGCUUCCCAUUAUGUUACAGUGUUUGGAAAUAAUAACCCUGCCAUUUCUCUCAGAAAUAUUUCCUUACACCAGCUGGAAUAUGGUGCGGAGGACACAGCAGGUGUGAUGAUGGUAUUAUACAGUAGCAGCUGAAAAGAACAAAAUAAAAUAGCUAAUCAUCUUGUUUUAGCAAUAAACGCAGCAUAUCAUCAGACUAAAGGCUCACUGCAGCUUUAAUAUCGCAGUUUAUUGGUU